AUGUUAAAUUCAACCGUUUACCUUGUGGAGCUCUUGUGGAAGAGCUACUUGUUUAAGGAGAUUGCUGAUAUUUGUCAAGAAGUUGAUCUUCCUCCUGGGGUCCUCAACCCUGUUCUUAUGGAACUUGGUGGAAAGAGCCCUCUCAUUGUGUUUGAUGACGCUAACCUUGAUACCGGUGACUCUGUCACAAUAAAAUCAUAUAAGGGAGAUUGCUUUUUACAAUCAGACAAGUGGUCAUCAGCAUUCAGCAGUGCAACUUCCAGGUUUCUUGUUCAUGAAAACUUCCCAUUUGCAUUAAUAGAAAAGCUUGUGGAAUGGUUCAAGAACAUUAAAAUUUCAGACCCCUUGGAACGAGGAUGCAGGCUUGGUCCUGUUGUCAGCAAAGAACAGCACAAGAAAAUAUUGAAGUUUAGCUCAACGGCUGCAAGUGAAGGUGCAACGAUUUUGCAAGUGAGGAUGAGGCAUGCAAUUGAGCUAAGAUACGGAUUAGGAGCUGCAGUGAUAUCUAAUGAUGUGGAAAGAUGUGACCGCAUAAGGCAGCUCACAAGCCUUUCUUUCAUCAAAGCUCCAUGGGCUGGAGUCAAAGACAGUGGAUUUGGACGCGAGUUAGGAGAAUGGGGACUUGAUAAGUACUUGAGUGUGAAGCAAGUUACUCGCCACACUUCAAAGGAACGAUGGGGAUGGAUGGUACAAAUCCCCCCCUACUAUAAGUAUAUGAUGAAUACGGCUCUCUCAUGA